GUUCCAAAGGUUUAAUCCGCACACCUAGGCUCGAGUUGAAACCAACAAAAUCCUCAUUGCAUGCUCGUUUCACAGGCAAAUUGGAUAAUAACUUAGGAAUUAAUGAGCUCGGCGAUGGACUUUUGUUGGGUAGAUGGUAUUAUCUAGCUUAUACUCUUUCUGAUUCUGAAAAGAGAUUAGACAUCUAUAUUGACGCUGAAUGGGCCGGAUUCUAUGGUAUUCAGGAUGUUAGAUCGGAAAAAGUUGUAUUCAAUGACGGACCACUAUAUAUCGGACGUGCUUUAAGCGAAAAUACCCACUAUGGGUUCAUUGGAGAAAUUAGAAAUGUUCGCUAUUUCAAUUGGCGAUUAUGUGCCCAAGAAGUGAAGGAAGAUUUUUUUGUUGUUGGUAAUGGUCAGGAAAUGGAUUUGAAUAAUGAUGUUUGGACUGUUAUUGGACCCUAUGGUACAAGUGUAAUUGCAGGAAGCCCCGUGCCUUUUAAUACAAAUAUUGGAUUUAACCAUCAAGCGACAGGAGGAAAUUUACAUUCUCAUGAUAUAAAUGAUGGGAAAAUCACACCGAUAUCAAAGCAGCAACAAGUGACCGUCAAUCCUGGUAUAAGUUGCGACGAUGAUUUUCUAAUUCAACGUUAUAAUACAAAAUCUUCUAAAGAUCACCCGGAGUUUUUGAUGAAUGGUGAUAUAAUCUGUCUUUUUCAUAUUACAACCAAUAAGCCAGCACUUUAUAGUCAUUCCAUAUUGUUUGGAGAUGGAACCCAAGAAGUUUCUUGUCAUGGAAAUGGGAAUGACGAAAAUAAUAAG